UAAGGGGAGGUGUGGUUACUUGAAAGUGGUGAGUCAAAUUUAAGAAUUGUGAUUAAAGUCACUUUUUGUAAGAUAAAAGCAAAAAGUGAUCGAAACAGCAAAGAACAAUGCUCGGCCGGCUUCCAGCAUGUGUAAUCGACGUAGGCACGGGGUAUACAAAAUUAGGUUUUGCAUCUAAUAAAGAGCCUCAACUUAUGAUACCAUCCGCUAUUGCAAUUAAAGAAACAGCAAAAGUAGGAGAUAACAAUGCUAGAAGAAUUACUAAAGGAGUUGAAGAUUUGGAUGCUUAUAUUGGAGAUGAAGCAUUUGAAGCUACUGGAUAUUCCGUGAAAUAUCCAGUUAGGCAUGGAUUAGUGGAAGACUGGGAUUUAAUGGAAAAGUUUCUGCAACAAUGUAUCUUUAAAUACUUAAGGGCAGAACCUGAAGAUCAUUAUUUCUUACUUACGGAGCCACCAUUAAACACUCCAGAAAAUCGAGAAUACACAGCAGAAAUAAUGUUUGAAUCGUUUAAUGUACCAGGUCUUUAUAUUGCUGUGCAAGCAGUAUUAGCAUUAGCUGCAUCCUGGACAGCUAAGAGUGUAGAGAAUAGAACAUUGACAGGUGUAGUUGUUGAUAGUGGAGAUGGAGUGACUCACGUAAUUCCAGUUGCAGAAGGUUUUGUCAUUGGAAGUUGUAUAAAGCACAUUCCCAUUGCUGGACGUGACAUUACGUAUUUUAUACAAAGUUUGUUAAGAGAACGUGAAAUUGGAAUUCCACCUGAGCAGUCUUUGGAAACAGCUAAAGCAAUAAAAGAAAAAUAUUGCUAUAUAUGUCCUGAUAUUUCAAAAGAAUUUGCUAAAUACGACAGUGAUCCUACCAAAAUAAAAAAAUAUGAAGGUAUUAAUAGCAUCACUAAGCAGCCUUUUGUAGUGGAUGUUGGAUACGAAAGGUUUCUAGGACCAGAGAUAUUCUUCCAUCCUGAAUUUUCUAAUCCAGAUUUCACAACUCCACUAAGUGAAAUCGUGGACGAUGUAAUACAAAAUUGUCCAAUAGAUGUUAGAAGACCAUUGUAUAGUAAUGUUGUAUUGUCGGGAGGUUCUACAAUGUUUAAAGACUUCGGUAGACGAUUACAACGUGACAUAAAACGAAUCGUUGAUGCACGUCUCAAACUCAGUGAAACGUUGAGCGGAAGUCACAUUACGCCAAAACCUAUAGAUGUUCAUGUUAUAUCUCAUCAUAAACAGCGUUGCGCGGUGUGGUAUGGUGGUGCUCUGUUAGCAAGCGAUCCUGAGUUUUACAGGGUUUGUCAUACGAAAAAAGCUUAUCAAGAAUAUGGUCCGGGCAUUUGUCGUUAUAAUCCUGUAUUUCAUAGUAUGGUAUAAAUUAAGUGAAAAUACAAAUGGCAUUUAAAAAAUAAUCUUAUCACGGACCAACGGUCGAAAUGUAACAUUAUUUACGGCUCUGCCAAUAAUUUAUUCAAUUCUCAACUUCUGUUUUUUUUAAUGACAACAUAAAUACUGGAAAAGAUGAUAAGGGUGUUUUUUACAGUGUAACUGCAAAUUGACAUAAGUAUUAAAAACGCCCAUUGUUAUAUUAAUAAACGCACACGGAAAUAUUUUCAUGCUCAUUACAGAAAUAUGUAAUAUUUAUGUAAAUACACAUUUACAUUUAAUAAAAAUGCAGGGAAAAGUCACUCAAAAAUAAUUCAAAUAAUACUUCGCUAGAAAUCAUAAGAAUACUUGAUAAAAUAUAAUAUAAAGCAAUUGUAUAGACCUGUACAUAAGAUAAGUCUAUGUGAAAAUAAUAAUUCCUUUUUUUACCAAA